CCUACCCACCAACACCAAGAUGGAGGCCAUCAAGAAGAAGAUGAUGAUGCUGAAGCUAGAUAAGGAGAACGCUCUGGACCAGGCCGAGCAGGCGGAGACCGACAGGAAAGCAGCAGAGGACAGAAGCAAACAGCAUGAGGAUGAGCUGAUUCAAAUGCAGAAGAAACUGAAGGGAACUGAGGAUGAGUUGGAUAAAUACUCAGAGGCCCUGAAGGACGCCCAGGAGAAACUGGAGAUAUCCGAGAAGAAAGCUGCGGAUGCUGAGGCAGAGGUGGCAUCUCUGAACAGGCGUAUCCAGCUGGUUGAGGAGGAGUUGGAUCGUGCUCAGGAGAGACUGGCCACAGCCCUGCAGAAGCUGGAAGAGGCUGAGAAGGCUGCCGAUGAGAGCGAGAGAGGGAUGAAGGUGAUUGAGAACAGGGCUCUGAAGGAUGAGGAGAAGAUGGAGCUCCAAGAGAUCCAGCUCAAGGAGGCCAAACACAUUGCUGAGGAGGCCGACCGCAAGUAUGAGGAGGUGGCUCGUAAGCUGGUGAUCGUUGAGGGAGAGUUGGAGCGUACAGAGGAAAGAGCAGAGCUUGCUGAGAGCAAAUGCGCCGAGCUGGAGGAGGAGCUGAAAAAUGUUACCAACAAUCUUAAGAGUUUGGAGGCCCAGGCUGAGAAGUACUCCCAGAAGGAGGAUAAGUAUGAGGAAGAAAUCAAGAUCCUCACUGAUAAGCUGAAGGAGGCUGAGACCCGUGCUGAGUUUUCUGAGAGGUCUGUGGCCAAACUGGAGAAAACCAUUGAUGAUUUGGAAGAUGAGCUUUAUGCACAGAAACUCAAAUAUAAGGCCAUUAGUGAAGAGCUGGAUCAUGCCCUCAACGACAUGACCUCUAUGUAAAUAUAGGCCUGUGUAUGUGUGUGAAAUUUUGCUCUCUGUGGGUUCUUCUGUUGCUAGGGUGACUGAGUCUUGCGGCAGUGGUUUGAUUUUGAGUCUCGUGACCCAGUUGGUUAGCUAACCUUGAGCUCCAUAACCUCAGAUCGUAUACUUUUACUAUGCUGCAAAGAGUUAAUUGUUGACUUGAGCACAGUUGGAGCACUAAUGCUUGGAGAGUUUGCAUGAAUGGUGACAGGUCUUGACUUUAGUACUACAGUAUGAUUCUAACUUGUAGUUAAGAUAUUAACACACAAUAAGAUAUUGAAGGAACUAUUAUACUAAAAACAUAAAAAACUGGUUCAUGUUUAAGUGGACAUAUUCUACGUAGCAUUUAUUUGUCAAGCUUAUUUGUCAUUAUUUGUCAAAGUUUAAACUUUUAACCAAAUGUUGUACUUGAGGGACACCAUUUUCGCCCUCACUCUCUUACUGAAAUGAACAGCGUCCCUGCUAAGGUGCUGCUGAAUACUCAAGAUGUUGCUAUGUAAAAGUGGGUAGUCAUUUGUUAAUGUGCUGGGUGUUUUGACGGUUAUGUGUUCUGAGUGACCCAUUUUUACAGCCUAGUUUCAAUAAAUGGUCUGGGUGGACUGGGAAGCUUUUGAAGAACAAUUCUGGAACGACGUAUCAGAGAAAUCAGUGAUAUGCUCUUUUUAAGGCUUGCAUCUACAUUAGGCAUGUGACGGUAUAAAAUUUUCAUGUCAUGAUAAUUUUGUCAUGAAGAUUUUAUCACGGUAUUGAAUUACAUUUCAAAAACGGGUUGAAUGAUAAACUAACUUCUAUUGUUUUUCUCUUAAUAAAAAGUUUAAUGACAUUUUCAAAACCAAACUGGCCUUUAACAGAUAACAAGGAACUUUGAAAAGAACCCUGAACGUUUAAAAAAAACUACCAUCAACACCAUAGAUGCAUAGCCAAAUUUAACAUUUAAGUUGAUGUCUUAAUAUUUAAAUGGUCAUUCUGCCACGGGGCCACUGAUCAUUACAGAUCAGUACAGACUAGGAAUGGGCUCGGGUACUCGGACGUGGCAGCAAUGAUCGAUCAUGAAAACGAUGAAUGAUAGUGAUCAAGUAUGACGUGACUUUUCACUUAAUUCGAAAUUCAGUGACAAUUACCUGACAACUAAACACAAACGUGUCAAAGAGGGAGCUUAUUUUUUAUUUUGAGAUUGAUUACUUUGUGAUUUUGAGGGUUACGUUGAUUAGCAGCCAAACUGAUAUGCGACGCUGCAGUGCUGUCGUUACGAUAAUCAAAAGAGUGUAAUUAACUGUGUUUUGAACACCUGUCUCUGCAAAACGUUUGCUAAAUGUGUUUUAUUAUCAUUUAAUAUAAGAACUUUGACUCAUUAAUGGAUAUUAUUUAAUAUGUGAAUGUUUGUCACUGACUGUAAACCUCCCUGCUCUGGGUGCGGAAAUGUUUGUGUGACGUAACACACACCUGCAUUUCGACGAAACGGGAGUUGAAGAUUUCCGUACGAGUUUCCAAGUUAGAAGUCCAACAUAAAGUGCCAUUCCGUUGCACUUUCCCCAGUUUAAAGGUGGAAAUUCCAACUCUGAGUUGAACGCUUCAUGAAUCACCACAGCAACAACAAUACGGAGCAUCGCGGCUUUCACCACAGGAGCGAACACUUGGGGAGACACACACACACCAGGCUUGUGGCAGUGGACUCAAUGCACUGAAGCAACGCAUAUACAGCAGGCGAGUGUUUCAAACAGCUAGACAGAGCACAGCUAAAUGGAAAACAAUGCAGCGUCUUCAAAACUGAACUUCAACUUAACGCGCAUGUUAAAAACAAUGGUUAUGGUGGUCGCAUACGU